AAGUAAUGUGGGUCCUUUCUAGGCAAAGAAUUCAAUUCCCAGUGCAUGAUUCAUUGUCCUCCCUUCUCUAGGCAUAGCAACCAGUGAUAUCAGAGGCGGUAUCUGUAGGGAUCUUGUGAGGUAGAGCUAUCCACUAACCAAUACCAGUUGUUUAACAUGAGAAGAGAAUAGUGUUAAGCUGCUAAGAUUCCAGAAUUCUUUUGUUACAUAGUACAAUCUAUCCCAUCCUGACUAAUACAUUUCCACUAGAAGGUAAGCUCUCUGAGGUCAGGGGCUUUGCCUGCAUCCCUAGUGCCUGGUGCAAGCUCUUGUGGAUGCUCCAGUUUUCUACCCUACAACUUACAAAAAGCCAUUUGGUGAUAUAUACUAAUUAUAUUCCUGAAAGCUCAGGGUCAACAUUCAUUCUGCUACACAAACCUAAUCCCUGAGUUCUGUGGGUGACUUCACAAAGCCCAGCACGGCUCCCAGAAUUGACCUGUUGCCUCAAUCUACCAUGCUGGCCACCCUGUGGCUGAUUAGCCUUUUUUCCCGUACUCUCUGGACCCAGCCAUUCAUCAGCUGUUCCUACAAGAAUCUGUGCCAGAAGGCUCUACUCUCAGGUAACGAUAUUGUCCUGAAGUGUGAUCUUCCUGGGGCACUGUGGUAUUUCUCCUCCAUUCUAGGGGAGGAUUUCUUCCUGAUCAACUCAAUGCAUAACGUAAAGAACAUGCCUAGUGGCAGCCUGCAAUUAAUCAACCCUCAGCCCACCCAAUCAGGCCUCUAUCGCUGCCAGGACAAUCAUGACACCCUGAUGGUGGAAUAUGAGAUUGACUUCCAGGAUGUCACCACUCUGCAUGUUACACACAAAGCCCUGGACCAACAGCCCCUGCAGAAUGAGACCCUGCACCUAGGAGGCGAGGUGCUCAUCUUUACCCAAUGGGAGCCCUGGCAGGACUGUAAUCGCUGCGGGGUACCUGGAGAACGCAAACGCCUGGGCUACUGCUAUGUCGAGGACCCCGAAGAGAAACCUAUGCCCUGUGGACUCUAUGUGAGAGAGGAGAAGCUGGCACACACCCGCUUGAGACCUGAGCUCCAGAUAGAAGCCUGCCUUAUACACUAUAACCCUGCAAAAGAAAUAGGGCAGCCGUAUCUCAUCUUUCGCAUUUACCAACUGGGCAAGUUGACUAACAACAUGUGGCUUACCUGCCCCUUCACCUCCAUAUACAGGCCCGUCAGCUGGGAGGCUGACAACAUCCCCUUGACUUGGCAGAAUGAGCUGUCAGGCAAGAAUUUCAACAGCUCCCUGGACAUCGUCUCGGGAGGUCGGCUGCUGCAGGUCUUCCAGCCAGCCACUUACAGGUGCUUCGUGGACCAGGAGUUUGUAGCCCAGUUCAACCCCAGUUCAACUCCAGUGGAGUCCCUGGAGCUGGUGGGCCCUCAGAUGAGAAAGCACAAGACCCAGGCCACAGCCCGGAAGGCACAUUCCUUUUCCCUGAAGUUGAAGCUGCUGCUGAUGGUAGGCACAUCCUUGGCCUUGGGGCUGCUGCUGUUCAAUGCCCUCUGCUCUCUCCAAGGCAAAAACAGAAACCGGAUGCUGCUGGUGAAAUAAAACAAGCCCUC